AUGGCAAACUCAGCGGGAGAGAGUGAGGCUAACCAGGCCCUCCAUCGGUGUGCCACAUGCUCUCGGUCGUUUACUCGCAUCGAGAACUUGAAGCGCCACCAAAAGACUCACCAGCCAAGACUGCCCCAUCGAUGCUCGGUGUGUCGCAGAGAGUUCUCGCGCAGCGAUCUACUCAAGAAGCACCGGCGCCUUCACCGAAAGAGCCACGGCGAUGACUUUCCAGAGAAGCCCCAAGAGAGGAGUUUCCCCUUCGUCUUUGAAGACCCGGGGUCGUUGUUGUCUCGGUCUUCGGGCGACGACACCGUGGUUCCAUCUUCGUCCCACCCGGCUGCUGCUGCUGCAUGGCACUCUGCGUCGACGGAUGGCCAGGACUCGGCUUAUUCACAACACGAGGGGCCAACAUUCGGCACCACUGUCAACGAGACAUGCCAGGAUGACACCGCGCUGGUUGUGGCGGACCUCUCGGGCGUCGACAUCGACUUCUCCGGCUUCUUCCAACCGUGGGGGAGCAAUCUGUGGCAUGGCACAACAAGCCAGUGGUUCACUCUGGACUUUUACGAUGCCGUAAGAGAGACGUCCAACGUUUACGACCCCUUGCUUGUUGAUCAUGGCCCUCCGUCGUUCCCAGACACGUGGGCUUGGUUUGGACAAGACCUCGAUGGACGCGAAUACAGACAAGACAUGUCCGCCGCCGUGCCGGUACCGAACAAAGCGGCAGCAGUUCCGCCCUCGGAGUUAAUACCAGAAAACACAGACGCCACAGUAACAGAGCGCACUUCAAGAGCCUCAUCCCCGCCGAAUGUCCCCUCGCAAGAAGACGGCGUGGCCUUCGCCUGGGACCCGUCGUCGAGGACGCUCCGCCAGACGCACCCCGUCUCUAUCGGCGCACAGCACCCGCUCUUCCUCCGCCACAACCCCCGGUUCGACAUGGAGGAGUCGACCUGGGCUUCCGUGCGCGCGUUCCUGGAGCCGCGGGUGGCCCAUCCCGACUCGGACGACCUGAUCCUGCCGUCCCUCGCCGUCGCCAGGGUCUUCCUCGGGCUCUUCUUCGAAGGCUUUUACGACCAGAGCCCGGUCCUACACCUGCCGAGCCUCCGCGUCGACUCCCUGCCGGCGCCGCUGAUUUCUGCCAUGAUCGUCAUCGGAGCCACCUACAGCCGCAUCCGCCACACGCGGCGCUUCUCCAUCCUGAUGCUCGACCGAGCCCGCCAGAACCUCCAGCACAGCAUAGAAGGGAGCCGAACCCUCACGAGGGACCCUCAUAUUGUGUACGCGUACGCGCUGCUGGUCUACGCCGGGCUCUGGUGCGGGAACAAGGGGGCCUUUGAGGCUGCCGAGGCCUCCCGCGGCGCUCUGGUGACGUAUGCCAGGCGGCUUCUCCCCCCGCCGCCGCGACCGGAGCCGCGCGGCGAUGAUGAUGAACCGAACGCCGACGAGCGCCGCUGGAGGGGAUGGGUGCGCUCCGAGUCCCAUCGCCGCCUGCGCUGGUACGUGUUCGUGAUCGACGCGCAGUUCUCGGUCAUCCUGAACAUGAGGAGCAGCAUGUCGCUGGCCGAGGUGUGUAGAUGGGAGUGCCCGAGCAGCGAGCGGUACUGGGCGUCGCCGAGUGCAACGACGUGGGCGAGUCUUCUGGACGGCUCGCCGUAUCCGCCGACGCGGCCGUUCUCUCUGGCCUACCGGGCUCUUUCGAUGCCUCGUGGGAACGGCUUGCACGCUUCACAGCCAUCGCCGACAGGUUCCGGGUUCGGCUGCUGGACUUUCUUCUUGGUGCUCAACUGCUUGGCUAGCCAGGGCGUGGACUGGUCGCAGGAUUGGUCGAUGAAUCUGGCCGAGCCUCACGACUCGCCUUUCGUAGGAGGGUCUCACACACGCUGCACGACAGCAACUCACAACCCUUACCUGGCAGAACGCCUGCAAGCGCGAGAGAACAUACUCGCUUCGCUAGACGCUUGGUACGAUCGCUUCAUCAUCACGUAUAGAGAAACCGACUCGUACUUCGCGAGGGCUUCGCACAUACUCCAUGGCCUCCUGCAUAUCCACCUCCACACCUCGCUGUCCGACAUCCAGGACGCCUUGGGUAAAGACGGGCCGCAGGGAGUACAAACCGGACUGAGCCGGCUGCAGACCUUUUUCGCGAAGGGGUACGCCGGCCACUUCAGGACAACCCCGAACCCGCCACCGGAAUCAUUGGACCUGUUUGCCAGGGUGAUCGCGGACAGCGUCUCGAUCAUGGGCAGCCAGGCCCUACAGGCGACGGCGCCGUACAGCAUUUUCGGUGUCUUUCUCAGCCAUGUCUUCUUGUGGGCGGUGACCAAGACCAGCCCCGAGGCUUUGAAGGCGCAGCUGGGCACCCGUCUUUGCGAGAUGGGCGCCUCUUCGGCCGCGGUCGGCGAGUCGGAGCUCAGGGAGGUGCUUGAGCUCGCGCUUUCUGCCGAGGACGGGGACCGGAGCCGUGGGGUCCUUGUGCAUGCGGCGCAGAGUCUCGUACGGCUUGGGACCUGGGGGGCGUCCUUGAACCUCGCGCUUCUGCUGCAGAUAAGAGCAAACGGUUGA